AUGAGGCUUCUCGCGAGAUUUGAAAGCUUUUCGGGAGGCAGAGAGGAAUUCUGAUGGAAUGAAGACGACAGAAGAGAAAUAGAGGAAUAAAGUGACAGUUUAUAGUCUUAACAUAUCCGUUACCGGGUUUUUACAAAGCAGACAUGUCUCUCUGUCGUCUUUUCUACCUGCUGGCUCUCGCCUUCCUUCCGAGCUUCGUGUCUGCCGAACAGCGGAGGAUCUCUCCAGAAAAUCUGCUGGUGAUCACCGCGGCAACAGAGGAGACGGACGGCUUCAACCGCUUCAUGAGGACGGCCCGAGAGUUCAACUACACUGUGAAGGUCCUGGGUCUGGGGGAGGAGUGGAAGGGAGGGGACGUGGCUCGGACGGUGGGUGGAGGUCAGAAGGUCAGAUGGUUGAAGAGGGAGCUGCUCAAACACUCUGACAAGAAGGACAUGGUCAUCAUGUUUGUCGACAGUUACGAUGUGAUCUUCGCGUCGGGGCCGGAGGAGCUGCUGUCCAAGUUCUCUCGUCUGGGUCACCGAGUGGUUUUCUCAGCUGAGGGGUUCUGCUGGCCCGACCAGAGGCUGGCCUCCAAAUACCCAGAGGUGCAUUCUGGGAAACGCUACCUCAACUCAGGAGGGUUUAUCGGCUUCGCUUCAGAUCUCAGUACAGUCGUUCAGCAGUGGAAGUACAAAGACAACGACGACGACCAGCUUUUCUACACCAAGAUCUACCUGGACAAGACGCAGAGGACCAAGUUCAACAUGACUCUGGACCAUCGCUCCCGAAUCUUCCAAAACCUCAACGGAGCUGUUGAUGAAGUCGUCUUGAAGUUUGAGAGGGCAAAGGUCAGAGCGAGGAACGUUGCCUACGACACACUUCCUGUCAUCAUCCACGGGAACGGACCCACAAAGCUGCAGCUGAACUACCUGGGUAACUACGUGCCCACGGCGUGGACCUUUGAGAACGGCUGCGGGAUCUGUGACGACGACCUGUUGUUCUUCAACGACGCGCCUGACGAGGAGAUGCCUCUGGUGUACGUCGCGGUGUUCAUCGAACACGCCACUCCCUUCAUGGAGGAGUUCUUGGAUCGGCUGACGACCCUCAACUACCCGACAGCGAGGAUCCGCCUCUUCAUCCACAACAACGUCGUGUACCACGAGCGGCACAUCCAGAGGUUCUGGGAGCGUCACAGAGCUCUGUUCCCUGACGCCCGGCUGGUGGGACCAGAGGAGAACCUGCAGGAGAACAAGGCCAGGAACAUGGCCGUCGAGGCGUGUAAGAAGGAUCCAGAGUGUGAUUACUACUUCAGCAUCGACUCCGACGUGGCCUUGACGAACCCCGACACGCUGAGGAUACUAAUCGAGGAAAACAGGUCCGUUAUAGCGCCCAUGUUGUCCAAACACGGGAAGCUGUGGAGUAACUUCUGGGGCGCUCUGAGUCCUGAAGGGUACUACUCCAGAUCUGAAGACUACAUCGAGAUCGUCCAGGGAAAGAGGAUUGGCCUGUGGAACGUCCCGUACAUCACUCAGGCCUACCUGAUCAAAGGCAGCGUGCUGCGGUCCAAACUGUCCCAGGUGAGCCUGUACGUGGACGAGGGGAUGGACCCUGACAUGGUGUUCUGCAGGAGCAUCAGAGACCAGGGAGUCUUCAUGUUCGUGUCUAACCGCGAUGAGUUUGGUCGUCUGGUGGCAUCGUCCAACUUCAACACGUCCAGGCUGCAUCCAGACAUGUGGCAGAUCUUUGACAACCCAGUGGACUGGAAGGAGAAGUACGUCAAUGAGAACUACUCCAAGAUCUUUGAAAAUGACAAGAGUUUUGUGGAGCAGCCCUGUCCAGAUGUUUACUGGUUUCCAGCCUUCUCAGAGAAGAUGUGUGAUCACCUGGUGGAGACCAUGGAGCACCACGGUGAAUGGUCUGGAGGAACAAACAAGGAUGAGCGUCUGGCUGGUGGUUAUGAAAACGUCCCAACUGUGGACAUCCACAUGAACCAGAUCGGCUUUGAAAAGGAGUGGCUUAAAUUCCUCAGAGAGUACAUCGUCCCUGUCACUGAAAAACUGUAUCCAGGCUAUUACCCGAAGGCCCAGGCCAUCAUGAACUUUGUGGUGCGUUACCGUCCUGACGAGCAGCCGUCUCUGCGACCGCAUCACGACUCGUCCACCUUCACCAUUAACAUCGCCCUGAACAGGAAGGGCCUCGACUACGAGGGUGGAGGCUGCAGGUUCCUGCGUUACGACUGUAAGGUGGAGUCUCCCAGGAAGGGCUGGUCCUUCAUGCACCCCGGCCGCCUGACGCACUACCACGAGGGUCUUCCCACCACCAGAGGGACCAGAUACAUCAUGGUGUCCUUCGUAGACCCGUAGACAUGCUCUGUGUGUGUGUGUGUGUGAGUGUGUGUGAGUGUGUGUGUGUGUGUGUGUGUGUGUGUGUGUGUGUGUGUGUGAACAGUAUUCGACCUCAUCAUCACAGAUAGAGAUGGACUGGAUGGAGGAUUACACGUGAUGACCUUGAAUGCAUCAUGUGAGAACAUAUCUCACAACUGUUUUUUUUGCCUUAUUUCUGAUUCGAUGAUUCACCUCACCUGCUUUUACACCUGCCUCACCUUCACCUGUGGCUCAUUAUGAUGAACUGUGAUCACGUGUAUCACUUGAAUGCAGCUGUGACUGUGCUUUAUAGGAGUCGGAGGAUCCUGAACGCAUCGUUGUGGGACAUUUCAGAAUAAGAGUUUCUAUUUUAACCUUCAUUCUUCAUUUUAUAAGCAAAUGUGGCUUUUCAAAAUAAGAGUCUCUUGUCACCAUGCUGCCUUAUCUAAUCACACUACCUGAAGCUAUGCAAGCAGAGUGUGUGCGUGCGUGUGUGUGUGUGUGCGUGCGUGUGCGUGUGUGUGUGAGAUCAUCAGCUCUGUGCUGUUACACUCCAUCACACUCUAAAUGUCUUUGCUGCAGUCUCCUUCAGUCCUCAGCGCUGAUCCGGCAGCAGGGGGCGCUCUCUGCUGCACCACCUGCUCGCUGGCCAAUCAUAUGGCUCGGAUGGAGUGUCACAGGUUGCUUUUAGAGUUUGUUUUCACAGUGAAUGUUAAGAGAGAACAGAGAAACACCAAAAAUGAGCAGAGAUAUGUUUCCAAACUGAAGAGAAAAAGGUUUUAAAAUGUUUUUUAUGCCCAGGCGAAACUCCACUUUGACAUUUUAAAACUGUUGCUGGGAAAACACUAGAGGUCGUUUGUAUUGCCAUGUUUUAUUCUUCAUCGUGUAGUGUUGUUCAUGUUUUUGUGUUUCCAUCAUGUAGUUGAGUAUUUUCUGUUGUCGGGGUGUGAAGCCACCGUCUCCUCUCACACUCAGUCUCUCCUUUAACUGAAGAUCGACUCCUCAAGAACUGGACUUGCGAGGUUUCCACCUGACGCUGCCUUUAGUUUUCUCUCCACUCGUGCCUGUCGAUACGAGGAGUCAACUUUCUCUGGCUUUGUACAAACUGCAUUAAAUUAUUUGUUAAUGACUGAGCGAAUAAAGUUUUGAGAUUUUAAUAAAUCAUCUAACUGUGA